AUGUACUUCUUUGUGAAAAACACCGAGACGCCCGCCAGCACCGCCAACUCGACGAUUCUCAACCUCAAUGACGAGCUCACGGUGCCAGACCCCAAGCUCGGCCUGGUUGCCACCUACGCCAGAGACGGACACGGAUACAGAAAAGAAGACGACACAGACUCAGAGGACGUGGACGCACUGCCCAAAGACGAGGAGACGGGCUACGACAUGCAGGCCGAGCUCGUGAGCCACCAGACCAGCACCAUUGGCAACAAGACCGAAGCUGCACCCCCGUCCCUGUGGAGCUCUCUGGCACAGUUGGCCCGAAUGGCGUCGGGAUCCACCGAAACACAGACCCCUUCCAUCGCCCUGGAGAUCGGGUACCCCAACGUGGAGGACAAGAAGGGCUACAAGCUCAAUCUGGGGCUGGUCAAGGUGGCUCUCUAUACCAAGAGUGCAAGUGGAGUGGGAAAGCCGCGAUCCGGAAAGGCCGCGCGAGGACUGACCAGCCGGUCGCGUGAUACAAGCCCUGUUCCCGGCUCCAACCGAUGGGUGGUUCGAAUGCCCCAGGCUGUGGACGCCACCCGUCUCAGAGUCUACCCCAACGGUCAGGUGACUGGCAACUACGAGUACGCCCUCAAGGCGUUUGGUCUCAAGAUUGGCGUCGGGCUCUACCGACCGGUCAAUGCAUACCGAUACAGAAUCGAUCGCUACGGAGUUCGACGGACCGAGUCUUCCUAA